AUGGAUGAAAUCCACGAUAGCGAGGAGGGGAUGACCUCCGAGCUUCUCUCUGCUGGCUCUGAGAAUCUCCAUCGGACUCUGGGGGGAAAGGAGAUCCAGAUGUUGGCCGUGGGGGGCGCUAUCGGAACGUGUGAGUUGUACCAAAUAUUACGGGAGGGGAUGGGCGCAAGCCUGACAAAGGGUGGUCCAGCAGGCCUCUUCCUGGGGUUUGUUUUUUAUAGCUCUGUCAUCUGGUCUGUCAACCAAUGCUUCGCCGAAAUGGUUACCUAUCUCCCGAUCGCUUCACCCUUUGUUCGUCUAGGUGGAUUCUGGGUCGAUGAUGCUUGGGGCUUUGCGAUGGGUUGGAACUAUUUCUUCCUUAUGGCCUUCGCCAUUCCGUAUGAAAUCACGGCAGUUAAUGUGCUACUUACCUACUGGACCGACCAAAUUCCAGUAGCCGCAGUCGUGAUGAUUUGCUUCGUGAUCUAUGCUGGACUCAACGGGCUCGCAGUGCGGUACUUUGGAACUGCCGAGUUUUACCUGGCUAUCUUCAAGGUUUUCCUUAUGCUAGGACUUAUUGCCUACACUUUUGUCACCAUGGUUGGUGGCAAUCCAGAUCACUGGGCAUAUGGGUUUACUUAUUGGAAAAACCCGGGUGCAUUUGUCGAGUACCUCGUUCCAGGAAACACCGGACGCUUUCUCGGAUUUCUUUCCUGUGUAGUCCAGGGCUCUUUCACCAUGGUCGGUCCUGAAUUCAUUUCCAUGACUGCUGGCGAGGCAGAGAACCCUCGCAAAUUGAUGCGAAAGGCAUUCUCUUCUUUCGUCUGGCGUCUUCUCAUCUUCUUCCUUGGUGGUGCAUUGUGCAUUGGGAUUGUCAUUCCUUACAAUGACAAACUGUUACUCCGAUAUAUUGAUGGAACCGAGGGCAGCACCGGCGCUGCCUCUCCGUACGUCAUCUCAAUGGUUCACUUUGGAAUCAGGGGUCUCCCCUCCCUGGUCAACGCUCUAAUCCUGACCUCUGUCUUGUCAUGCGGUAACAACGUCGUUUAUUCAUCUAUCCGUACACUCCACGGCCUAGCAGUGGACGGGAAGGCGCCAGCAAUCUUUGCAAAGUGCAACAGGUUCGGUAUUCCGGUUUACUCGGUUCUAGUGGCGCUUGCAUUCUGCCUCCUUUCCUUGCUGCAGCUCGGAAAUACGUCUGCAACUGUCCUUAACUGGCUUGUGGGAAUCUGCACUGCUUCCUACCUGAUUAACUACUUCGCCACGGUCAUAACUUAUCUACAUUUCUACGCCGCUCUUAAAAAGCAGGGCGUCGACCGAAGCACUCUGCCGUACCGGGGAUACUUCCAACCCUAUGCGGCAUAUUAUGCCGCGGUAAUGACAUUUAUCAUAACCCUUAUUCUCGGUUACACUGUAUUUAUCGACGGUAAUUGGGAUAUUACAACCUUCUUUACCUCUUACCUUAUGAUCGGCUUCUUCAUCGUGGCGGUUGUGUUUUGGAAACUCGUCAAGUGGACACGCUACGUUCGUCCUGGCGAGGCAGAUCUUCAGCUUGGAGAAACGAAAACCCGAAUUGAUCUCUAUGAGACAAUGUAUGAACCACGCCAGAGGGGCAAGGUUUCGGGUUGGUUCAAUAGCUUGUUCGAGUAA